AUGUUAUUCAAACGACCCAUCAUUCCUGCCACCACCAUUACUCGUUCCUGGUUGUAUUGUUUACAUCAACAACAACGCAAUCUACCAAAGAUUCCCACGACAACAACAAGAUUGGUAUCCAUCACCUCUUAUUCCACCUAUUCUCAUCAACAACAACAUGGAAAACAGCAAUAUCCCAUCAUAUCCUUUAUUGGUGGCGGCAAUAUGGCUGAAGCCAUUAUGGGUGGUUUGCAAGCGAGUGGUCAUCCAGGCUCCCAUCUACGAUUUACUGAGCCUUUGACAGAACGACGUCGACAACUGGAAAGCAAAUAUCCGACCUUGGUGGGUUUCGACGAGAAUGAACAAGCCGUGGAAGGUGCCAAUGUGGUUGUACUUGCUGUUAAGCCCCAGGUGCUUCGUAACGUCAUGACAACGUUGGCGCCAUCGCUGACAAAGGAUUCGUCUACGCUCAUUAUCUCCAUUGCGCCUGGCAUUACGACUUCGGAUAUGGUCCAAUGGCUACGCGAUGCGACUCAAGAGAAAACAGCAACAGCUGCCAUUGUGCGAUGUAUGCCCAACACGCCAGCCCUUAUUGGUGAAGGUGCCGUGGGUUUGUAUGCAAGUGAGGCCGUCACUGAUGAACAACGCCAAACAGCCGUAUCGAUCAUGCAUGCGUUUGCUAAAGAAGUAUCCUGGGUUACCAAUGAGUCCAUGAUGGAAACGGUUACCGGUAUCAGUGGGAGCGGUCCAGCUUACUUUUUCCUCAUCAUGGAAGCCAUGCAAAAUGCUGCUGUUAAAGCUGGUUUAAUCCCUGAAGUGGCCAAGGCAUUGACGUUGCAAACAUGCCUUGGUGCAGCUCGUAUGGCACAAGAAUCGGAUGAUGAUCUCGCAACGCUUCGAAGAAAAGUAACCUCACCCAAAGGCACCACCGAAGCAGCAAUCAACUCGCUUGAAUCCAACCACAUUCGCAAAAUCAUGGAGGAAGCCGUCCUCACUGCCCAACAACGAGGUCACGAGAUUGCGGAAGAAUUACGUCAACAUCAAGAGUAG